AUAAAAGCGGUGCUCGCGCCAGCAGCCGGCAGUACAUGAAAAGCAAUCAAACGAAUAACACGAGAAGAGUUUACGAAGCGAACGAAUACGAAACAGCAACAAACAUGCCAGCAAUUGGAAUUGAUUUGGGAACCACCUACUCCUGUGUGGGAGUUUGGCAGCAGGGAAAGGUGGAGAUCAUCGCCAACGACCAGGGCAACAGAACAACACCCAGCUAUGUUGCCUUCACGGACACCGAACGUCUGAUUGGCGAUGCUGCUAAAAACCAGGUAGCGAUGAACCCGGCCAACACUGUCUUCGACGCCAAAAGGUUAAUUGGGCGCAAGUUUGACGACCCCAAGAUCCAGAGCGACAUCAAACACUGGCCGUUCAAAGUCGUCAACGAAGCAGGCAAACCUAAGAUCCAGGUUGAGUUCCGCGGUGAGGUAAAGAGGUUCAACCCUGAGGAGAUCAGUUCGAUGGUCUUGACGAAGAUGAAGGAAACAGCAGAGGCAUAUCUGGGAGGAAGUGUGAAAGACGCGGUCAUCACGGUGCCCGCCUAUUUCAACGAUUCCCAGCGACAAGCGACCAAAGACGCCGGAGCAAUUGCCGGAAUAAACGUCCUCAGGAUCAUCAACGAACCCACAGCCGCGGCUCUCGCCUACGGCCUCGACAAGAAUCUCAAAGGCGAAAAGAACGUCCUCAUUUUCGAUCUGGGCGGCGGAACCUUCGACGUUUCCAUCCUUUCCAUCGACGAAGGCUCGCUCUUUGAAGUCAAGUCAACGGCCGGCGACACUCACCUUGGUGGCGAAGAUUUCGACUCGCGUCUGGUGGACCAUCUCUGCAAGGAAUUCGAACGAAAGUACAGAAAAGACUUGAAGAAGAAUCCGAGAAGUCUUCGCAGAUUGAGAACAGCAGCUGAAAGAGCGAAACGAACCCUCUCUUCGAGCACCGAAGCCACCAUCGAAAUCGAUGCUCUCUACGAAGGAGUGGACUUCUACACCAAAGUCUCAAGGGCUCGCUUCGAGGAAUUGUGCGCAGAUCUGUUCAGAGCCACCUUGGAACCUGUGGAGAAGGCUCUAACUGAUGCCAAGUUGGACAAGAGAGCCAUCGACGAAGUCGUCCUCGUCGGGGGUUCAACGCGGAUCCCAAAGGUCCAGAAUAUGCUGCAGAACUUCUUCUGCGGCAAGCAGUUGAACUUGUCGAUCAACCCUGACGAGGCCGUCGCUUAUGGCGCGGCAGUACAAGCAGCCAUCCUUUCCGGCGAAGGCGCCACGAGCUCGACUCUCCAGGAUGUCCUCUUGGUGGAUGUGGCACCUCUCUCUCUGGGCAUCGAGACUGCUGGUGGAGUCAUGACGAACAUCAUCGAGCGCAAUGCACGCAUCCCAUGCAAACAAUCGCAGACCUUCAGCACCUACGCCGAUAACCAACCUGGCGUGUCUAUUCAGGUGUUUGAGGGUGAGCGUGCAAUGACCAAGGACAACAACAAACUGGGCAACUUUGAGCUGAGUGGCAUUGCACCCGCGCCCCGAGGUGUGCCGAAGAUCGACGUCACCUUCGACAUGGACGCGAAUGGCAUUCUUCACGUUACAGCGAAAGACACAGCCAGCGGUCGCAGCAACAACAUCCGCAUCACGAACGACAAAGGUCGCCUCUCUCGGGAGGAGAUUGACAGAAUGCUGGCUGAAGCCGAGCGCUAUCGCGACCAAGAUAAAGAGCAGCGCGAGAAGGUCGAGGCUCGCAACAAGAUCGAGAGCUACAUCUUCUCUGUGAAGCAGGCCGUCCAGGACUCGGGCGACAAGCUCACCGACUCGGACAAGAAGUCCGUGAUGGACCUCUGCGAAGCCACUGUCACCUGGCUCGACAACAACACCCUCGCCGAGAAGGAAGAGUAUGUCCAUAAACUCGAGGAGGUCCAGAGGCAGUGUGCGCCAAUCAUGACCAAGAUCCAUCAAGGAGGCAAUGCUACUGGUCCACAAGACUGCGGAAGUCAAUUCAGGCAAGGAGGUCAAGAACAGCAAGGCUACUCGGGACCCACUGUGGAGGAGGUGGACUAAAUCUCAAGUUUUUAAACAUCCAUUUUUGAAGAGAGCAACAACAUCGGUUCUCUUCUUUGUUCAUAUGUUGAGAACAAUAACAUCGGUUCUUGAUCAACACACCAAAGAACAACAACAUCUGUUCUUUUUACGAACGCCAACUUGAGAACAACAACACCUGUUCUUCGAAAAAAAAAAAAAAAAAAAAAAAA